UAUUCAUAAGGUGAACGGGCUUGAUUUUAAGAUGGGUCGGUUUACACCACCUAUGAUGAUUUACGUGGUCUUAGUUGCGGUUCUUGUGUGUUACAUGCCGGCAGUGUUAGCCGAAAUCGGACAAAGCAAUAACAUCAGUCCCGCUUUGAGGAUUGGGCAACUAACCCAUGCAAUUGCACCAAGAAAUCGUACAUGCCCGGACAGGCGAUCCAGCUGCAGGUGGAAUCACACUUGUUGUCCAUUGCCAAAAUACGGAUACGGCUGUUGCCCACUUCCAAACGCUACAUGUUGCAGUGAUCGUUCACACUGCUGUCCAAACGGCACAUAUUGCGAUUUCUAUGGUCGAUGUGUAUACACGGAUAAAACGCAUCAUCCACCAUUGAGCAAGAUACUACAUGGAACUCCACAGAACUGGGUGCACCUGAGAGACGCCAAGAACAUUGCAGACGUUGAAUCAUUCCGUACUGGUAAACGAUGGAAGGCUCUGCAUGGAGAAACAAUCAAGCUACCUCCAUGUUAAGUCACUUUUGGAAAUUUUUGGACCCAAUAAAUUCAACUGGAGAACAAAACGUCAUUCUUUUCUAUUGAAAC